UGUCGCUUCAUAAUCUUCCAUUUCUCAAUCAUCAUUCCCCUGUUCAGUUUCAGAAAACCCUAAACAAAAAAAAAUGGAUAUCUCAGAAAUCGCCAAAAAACUCGGAUUCUCCGAUUCAAAAAUCCUCAUCCGUAAAGCCGCCGAACUCCGUCGUCUCUGCGAUGUCCAAUUUGAUUCCUCCAUCAUCGGUGUCGGUGAGGUUGCCAAAGCUAUCAUCUGCAUGGAGAUCGCGGCGACGAGGCUUGGUGUUCUUUUUGAUCGAUCGUCUGCUGUGAAACUCAGUGGAAUGUCUGAGAGAGCUUAUAUCAAAUCUUACAAUUCACUUCACAACGGCAUCGGCGUCAAGUUGAAGCUAGAUGUGAGAGAAUUGGCUAUUCGAUUUGGUUGUGUGAGGAUUAUACCAUAUGUUCGUGAUGGUCUCAAGCUUUAUAAGGAUAGGUUUCUUGCUUCGUUGCCGGCUGCUCGCCGUGCUAGUGCUGAUUUUACUCGUCCGGUGUUCAUGGCUGUUGCUUUUUAUUUAAGUGCAAAGAAACAAAAGCUUAAAGUUGAUAAGAUUAAGCUAAUUGAACUUUGUGGUACUUCUGAAUCUGAAUUUUCUAGUGUUUCCACUUCUAUGAAAGACUUGUGCCAUGAUGUUUUUGGGGUAGCUAAAGAAAAGAAAGACCCUAAAGAAGUUAAGACCAAUAGAGAUCUGCUUGAUGUCUUGCCUAGCAAAAGAAAAGCUGAGGAUGGUGGCUAUUUGUCUGAUGAUGGAGCAGAGGUUUCAUGUUAUAAAAAAAAGAAACAGAUGGAAACACAUGAUUAUGAGAAGUGGAAAUCUUCUGUUCUUGCAUCCAAUAAACAAGAUAAGAAAGAAGUGCAUUGCAAGAAACCAAUACAGACAAGCCUCAACUUUGUCAAGGAAGCUCCUGAGACCCAGAAGUUGGAGGUGUUGUGAGAUGGUAUUGUUUUUACCGUGAUGGAAGAUGAUUCCAGUGGAAGUUUGGUACCGUAUAAAUCAAAGGAUGGAAGUACCAAAGAAGUUGUCUAGUUGUGACUAUUUUUACGUAUAAGCUUCUCAAUUUUGUCAAAGUUGCCUUUUGGGGAAUUUCCAAAGCAUUAAAUUAUAUCAAGAACUAUGUACAUACUAUCAUUUUUUAAAAAACUUUCCUGGUAUUUGGCUUCAAAAUGAGUGACAUAGGUUCACUUAUCCGUUCAAGACAGUAAAUCUGUAAAUCAGUGUGCCUCUGCAAUUUUCUUUGUAUUCAUACAUUUCUCUCUAUUUAAACAACACAGUUUUGGAUAAUA